GUGCCGGGUGCCUGCAGAGCCCGUCUGCAGCGCUGCUCGCAGCCAAGGCGGGGAGAAACCCAGCCUACCAUUGGGUGAAGCAACCACCUCUGCAGGCCAGGAAGCGAGCUGUGGUGUGUGCUGCAUGGUAUCUGCUCAGAGCUGUCUGCUCUAGAAGGAGCUAAAGAGAAGCAGGAGAGCUCAGAUCGAGAUGUUUGAAAUGUUCGGAAACCCCUAACGAGGAGUAACUCUCUGGUAUAAAAGGAACAAAAUUCUCCAGGUUGGCUGGCAAGGAAGAGAGCAUGAUCGGAUUCCCACUCUUCACACUCACCGGCUUUUGAGUUUCUGCUGAAGCUUGACCCCGCAGCGGUGUCGGAAGCGGCUCCCCCAUGGCUGCAGCCGGCGGCGAGGGGCCGGCACGGACCCCGCUCCUGCCGGCCGGUGCUGUGCUGGCCCUGCUCGGCGUCCUGGUCUACCUGGGCGCCCUGUGCGCUGCCUGCAGACGCAAGGGCAGGAAGAAGAAAGUCCCUCCGGAUGGGGUGAAGCUGGUGGACGAGUCCCUGCUCAGACAGACGCAGCUGCGGUCGCUCAGCAAAUCCGACACGAAGCUGCACGAGCUGUACCGGGUGAAGGCCAGGGACGACACCCAGCGGCCGGCCAGCCUGGAUUUCCCCUGCCCCACGGCCCCCGCGGCCAGCGCCGAUUCUCUGCACAGCCCCGGCAUCAGCGUCCUCCUGCACCGUGAGCUGCCCCGGAUCCCCGUCCCCGACCCCCCGGCUGCCUCCCCGUCCCCCGACCAGACCUACUCCAACCUGCUCUUCGCCCCGCUGCAGAAGCCGGUGCCGGACACGGUCUAUGAGUGCCUGGCGGUGGGAGGGGAGGAUGCCCUGGUGCCCUCCGUGCCCGCUGGCACCCAGUUGCCCCCUCCGCGUGCCGGGCACGGGGCGGCCGAUUACGCCUGUGUCCGCAAAGUGAAGAAGACGGUGCCCGGGGUGGUGCAGGAUGGGGCCGUGGCGGGGCCUCCCAGAGCAUUGCAGUGCUGGGAUGGCACGGGUGAUGCUCCCCGGGCGAAGCUGGAAGAGAUGUACUCGACAGUAUGCAAAGCCACCAAGAAGAAAACCCAAGUCCCCGCAUCGUCCCCGAGGGCCGAGAGGGAGGUGGGUGCUGGGUGGCCGCCCCCCCGCCGGGAGGAGGGUGCCCCGGCCGGGUGCUGGUCCUCGGCAGCCCAAGGCCCCCCCGACCCCUGCUACGAGUCCAUCAACGACAGAGCCUGGACUGCUCAGGGCCGCAGCCCCGAGCCGGACUACGAGGCCGUGGACGUUAACUGGAAGAAGGCGGCAAAACGGGACAAACCGGGGAAGCCCUGUGGCCCCGAAAACCUGUAUGAAAGCGUCGGCGACAUUUGGGCGGCGGAGUCCCGGCGAGCAUCCACCAGGACGGCGGCCAACGGGCUGGAGGUGUACAUCACCAACCUAUAGCAUCCCCCCCCCCAGGGAGCGGGGUCCUCGCCGCAGGGUGGUCCCACCCCAGUCGGAUGCUGUCGGGGAGGGGGGAUCCCCUGGGACCGGCUUUCCACGGGGUUGAGCCUUGCAGGGGUGGGUGCCAGCUGGGGCGGCUGCAUUCUGUAUAUAUGUUAUGUUACUUUUCUUUAAGCCUCCUUGUCCCGGCUCAACCCA